AUGGAGUACUUCCCCCGUUCCCGCGCACGGCGACGCUCGCCGACGCCUCCGCCCCGCGUCUGGCUAUCUGAGAACGACAUUGACACACCCUCUCAGUCGAUCUACAUCUUUCCCAACCCGUCCUCGGUGCUCCCCAGCCCCAAUCCUGCAAACUCGGACCAUGCCAGGGGCAUAGACUCCAUUGUGCGUAGACCAGCCGAAGAGUCGCGCUCGCGCUCGACCAGCACCGUCACCGCCACAACAACGGACACCGGCUGGGACGACUUGCGUUCACCCAGCAAUUAUUCUGUGCAGGAAGAAGCUCAAUGGCAAUGGCCUGCUUCUAUGAACGGAGAGGCCCCAGAUGCUCAGUUGGGGCAGGAGGAAGCCGUUCUCGACGAGGAGAUCGUAGGCGCCAGCCGAUGGGAUCUCAUCGCGUCUCGGCGCUACCCCGCGCACCCACUUGCCAUACGCGCCGAGCGGCAAGCUCGCUUGGCCCCCGCUUCAACCAUGUCAUGGAUACGCUCGCGUACCGUAUCAGGCGUCAGCUCCUUUUCAUCGUAUGUUGUUACGCCCAAAGCAGUACCCCACCCGCGCGUGCACAUACCACUGCUAUCCUUCUUCGGCUCGCUUCUCGCAAUCGACGAAGAGACCUUGGACUUGCUCGAAACCGCUCCAACGCACCCCGUCUUGUUUUCAGGUCCGCUGGAUGUUGAAGCCCCAUGCACCGAACCCGAAGAGAGUGUGCACGGCCUUGAGCGAUUGCUGGAGGGUGACGAGAAUACGCUACGAGAGGGGUUGCGCGUGUAUUGCGAAGCGGAACCUGACGAGAAGAGACUAGAUGUUCUGUCUGUCAGUGCACUGUGGCAUCUCAUGGGCGAGAUGUGGCAGGGACGGGGCGCACUUCGCGCGGCCCUCAGCGAACCGAGUGCCAAAGACUCUAGUUCAUGA